AUGUCGGUGGAGGCUGCACUGAAAUUCAUACUAAAAGCUUUGGAAAAUGUUGACAUCAAGUCGUUAAAGGCCCCGCUUGUUGUUGGGAUCAGUGGUCCUCAGGGACUGGGCAAGUCGUGGCUUACCGUGGAAUUGAAGCUGGCUCUAGAGCGGGCACUCCCCGAAGCCAUUGUCGUCCAAUUCUCCAUGGACGAUGUAUAUUUGACGCAUGAAGAGCAGUCAAAAGUGACAACGGUGGCGAGAAAAGAAGGUAACGCUUUACUUCAAGGUAGAGGACUUCCAGGAACCCAUGAUUUGAGAUUGGCCACCACCAUAUUCGAAAAGCUCAAACGGCGAGAACCCGUACAAAUUCCGCGGUACGACAAAAGUGCUUUCGACGGAGAAGGUGAUCGUUGUCCGGAGCUGCAAUGGGAACACGUUGCUUCGUCGGAUAUUGUACUUUUCGAAGGCUGGUUCAACGGUUUUUGCAGCGUCGACUCGAUUGAGUUGCCUUACUUGAUGUCAGGCCCCACGUCUGUCGUUCAAAAUUACCCCAUGUAUCACAUUGGCGAAAUAAAUCAGCGGCUUAAAGCAUAUGAGAGGAUCUGGAGUGAGUUCGACAAAUUCAUCUACUUCAGAACCAAUGAUGUCAAUAACGUCUACACUUGGCGUGAACAGCAGGAGCACGCCUUGAUCAAGGAGCGAGGUCGAGGCAUGAGCGAUGACCAAGUUAGGAAUUUUGUGAACCGAUAUAUGCCCGUCUACAGCUUAUAUUAUCGUACGAUGUGUGAUUCGCGAGUGUGUUCCCCGGGGAAUAAUUUACAGUUGGAUAUUAACUUGGAUCGUACUUUAUCGAGCUCAAGUAUACAUUAA